CAUGGCUACCUUUGCAUGCUGAACGUUUUGGUAAAGCAGGGCUUUGAAGCAGACGACCGGUCACUAUUAUUUGAUCAUAUUUAAAGGUAUAGUCGGAAGAUCACUGUUGUUGUAGCCUACCGGGGGAUAAUUCACAUCCAAUAUACAUUGAUGGAAACCUUCAGAUGUCUGAGGUAAUAUGGUGGCAUUCUAGGUGUGGAGUUUGACGUAAAUGUGAAACGAAGCUACAUUUACGUACUAGAAGAUACAAUUUGAUUGUGACGUCAUCAUGGGUUGUUCUGGAAGUCGAGAUAUCCUAUUGCAAGUUCAACAGCAACACUCUAAACAAAUAGACAAAGAAAUUGCAAGUGAAAAGAAAGUUCAGAAGUUAAAAUUUCUGUUGUUGGGUGUUUCAGAAUCUGGAAAAACAACUCUUUUUAGACAAAUGAGAAUUUUGCACUCGAACGGCUUUAGUGUGUCGGAGAGAACGUACUACAAGAAUGUUAUCAUAGAUAAUCUCAUGCAAUACACCGAAGUCGUUCUUAGGAACAUGCCUCUCCUCAACAUCCCGUUUGACGACGAGACUUCUGAGACAUAUGCAAAUGUAUUUUUGACGAAGGCUAGAGAAUGUCAAAAGUUACUGGAUUUCGAAGCAGAACUUAAGCAUCUGUAUUGCACUAGAGGAUUCCAGGCUUGUGUGAUGAAAGGCCAGGAUUAUAGUCUAGGUGACGGCGCGCAACACCUUUUCAAGUCAUUUGACAGAAUAGCCUCCCCUGAUUACAUCCCAUCGGACCAGGAUAUCCUCUACUCGAGGGUAAUCACAACAGGUGUUACAGAACUCAGCUUUAAAUUUAGAGCCAGCAAUUUGUGUAUGGUAGAUGUUGGUGGUCAAAGAUCUGAGAGGAUGAAAUGGAUCCACUGCUUCGAUAAUGUCACAGCUAUUAUCUUCGUAACAGCCAUGACUUUCUACCACCAAAUGAAUGAUUCGUCAGAUAUGAACAAACUUCGCGAGUCAUUGUUGAUUUUUAAGUCUUUAUGUGCAAACCAGUAUCUUUCCAAGUCGGCCUUUCUGGUUUUUCUAAAUAAAAUGGAUAUUUUCAAAGUCAUGAUACAGAGGAAAUCACUUAAGUGCUGUUUUCCCCGCUAUAAAGGUGGAAAAUCUUUCAUUGAAUCAGCCGAAUACAUCGCCUGUCAGUUUGAAGACGCAAGUCGCCGAAAUAGGGGAGUCUACUGCCACUACACCACUGUCACAGACACCGAGAACUUUGAUCGAGUUUUCGACACAUCUAUGGCUAUCCUUCUCGAAAAGAACCUUGCGGUGACAGGACUGCUUUAGGUAUAUUUACCAAAGACUUCCGAGGAGUGAAACAGAACACAUGCAUCAUGAUAGCUAUAUUGGUGAUAAAAAUCAGCUCUAGGGCUGUGUGGUGUACGUUAAAUAGUUUUGAAACUCAAAUGUUGCGUAGCGUUCGAGGGACACAAUUUGAGUUUAGAUACUGUUAACGGACAACAACAAGGAUGUUAUACACAGUGUUCGUGUAACACAACAACGAAUUUGUAAAUAGUGUCCACGAAACACAAAAGUAUAUUGAACAUAGUGUUAGUGAACCAUAAGGAUUUUGUUUCAUAUUGUUUAUGUACCAACAAGGAGUUUGUAAAUAUUACCCACGGAACACAACAAGGAUUUCGUAGAGAGUGUUCGCGAAAUACACAAGCAUUUUGUACAUACGGUUAGCGAAACAAAGAGUUUCUAGAUGGCAUUCACGGAACGCUCAGUGAUUUUUUAGUGUUUUCCAAGCACAAGGAGUUUGUAGACAAUCUUACCUAAGCACACAUAGACUUGAAUAGUGUUUAUACGGAACACAAAUAUAAUGUGUUGGAGACUGAAUAUGUUUAGUCAUUCACUACUGCCCAGAUCUAGUUUUGAAGAAGCAAAACAGUUGAUUUUAUUAGAUAUAUUUUUUAUUAAUCAAAGCAAAGACGAUUUAAUUAUUAAGUAAAAUGUACAUAACAAUCUCUUUGUAGUCCUUUACGUUGUAGAUACCUAAUUUUCAUUUAAGUUUAGCUACACUAUCUAUUCAUUGUUAUCCGUCUUUUCUUCAUGAUUUUCGUAGUAAAUAUUUUGCUAUUUAUUUAUUAAUUUAUUGUUUUACACCACGAGAUUCCAUCCCAUGUACGGUAUGAAAAAAACGCUGUUUUACUCGUCCGGGGCCCGGUAAUGUGACGUCAUUAGAUGAUUGAUGACGUCAAUAACAAUUGCAGCUUGGGUCGAAGUUCACCGUGUUAGCCAAUCAAAAUACGUACAGAGUUUAUACC